AGCCAUAUAUUAUUGCAACAAAUAGGCAACUAGGUGCAAAGCAUCCAAUAUAUAGAUUGUUGCAACCUCAUUUUAGAUACACAAUGGAAAUAAAUGCCUUAGCUAGAGAAGCACUUAUUAAUGCUAAUGGUAUUAUUGAGAGUUCAUUUUUCCUAGGCAAGUAUGCAAUUGAGUUGAGUUCUAUUGCCUAUGGUGCUGAAUGGAGAUUUGAUCAUGAGGCACUCCCACAAAACCUUAUUAGUAGGGGAUUGGCAGAGGAAGAUCCAAAUGCACCACAUGGAUUGAAACUAACAAUAGAAGAUUACCCUUUUGCUAAUGAUGGUUUAGUACUUUGGGACAUACUUAAACAAUGGGUAACAAAUUAUGUAAACCAUUAUUAUCCACAAACAAAUCUCAUUGAAUCUGAUGAAGAACUCCAAGCUUGGUGGUGAUCAGAGAUAAAAAAU